UUUAUUUUGGGAAUCCAUUUUCAGUCGCUUCUUGCCGAGGGGUCGGUGGAAACGUAGACUAUGUUGAUUUUAGAUGUGUUUUUGCUGUUAUUUAUGUCAUGGAUGACCAGAGCUGAUCCAGCGCCAAGCUUCGACUUCAACUAUCCCAAUGUAAAGGACGAGUUGUACGAGCAGCCCGUGCAGUUCAUGGGACCUAAGAGCAUGGCGCAUGGCAAGGAGGAAGUCAACAAAGAAAUCCACACAAAACCAGGAGUGGACUCCUGGGCACCGUUCGACUUCAGCAGGUUCGAUUCCUACCUCGAGCAGCACGGCGAGCCAUCCGAGCACAACCGGAUCAAGAGGCGAGCUAAGAGGAGGAGAGGGCACGGAGGCAGACGGCGAGGGAGACAGCGUGCAACCACCGCACCACCCGACGACAACGAGUUCAAGAACGCUUCGAAGACCGAGGUGCCAAAAGCAGCGCGCCGCAGCGAUAACACCGAAACGCAGCAAGAGAAAAAGAAGAAGAAGAAGAAGCAAAAACUUAGUUAUGACACGUACGACCCGCCUGUUAAGGACUGGGAGUCGAACUUCGUGGAGAUGCCCAAGGACCUGUACCAGGCCCACCUGCGGCCCGGGGUCAUAUUCAGGAUCCACAUGUCGGAGGCCAUCCUCAAGAUGCAGUACAGGAAUUAUGGUGAAGACAAGGACGAGUCGGUGAUAGAAGCGGACGUGGAGUAUCUUCGUCUCACCAGGAAGGUGAUCAACGAUGAGAUCACCAAGUUCGAGGACCUGAAGUGGCUGAUCGGCUGGUUCAACAACCGCUCGGAGCUCAUACAGGAGCAUAUGUGUAACACCAGAUAUUUUGCAGUUGGCAUCCCUCCCACAAUGUUCACUCAUUCCGAGGAGUACAUGAAACGCAUGUGCCUAUUUGAUAACGUGUACAUAGACCAUAUCCCAUACGUGGUGGGAGAGGAUAGUUCACUGAUGGCCGCAGUGGCGCCCCCUGUGCUACACUGCGAUGCUGCUACCUGCACCUCUGUGCCUUUUAUUGACAGCGUAAUGUUCGACGAGCGGCUCGCGCGGACGAACGUUCGCACCGUAACCCGUUGCCAGGCCAGUUGCCGCGCGCACUGCCGCAACGACGCGGAUUGUCUCAAGCGCUGCAGCGACCGCUGUCUUAGAGCUGAAUAA